GGGAUGGACUGUGGUUUAUUUGCGCCUUCACAGCAAGGCACGCCGUUUGGUGUGCGGGGGUAUAAAUCCAUGGCGGGAUUCUGGGAAAUAUUUCAUAAAUUUAACAGCCUACUAAUUCAAGGUUUUAACUAACAAGACAGUCUCUCUGCAACCUAACUAGAGUGUGCUACAAGAGUCAAGCUUUUGCGAGGAGAAGAGGACAAAAACAGGUCUUAGGAUUACAAUGAACAUUCAGUCUGCCAUCAACAAAGAGGUCUUCAUCCCUCGUAAUGAGCGGAUGCUGGUGGCAGUGGAGGUGCGGAGGAGGAAGAGGAAGAGGAUGUCUUUCCUGCCUACUGGAGCCAAAGCAGACUACGCCACAUUCAUCUGUGUUUCAGUAACCAACACAAGGCCACAUCAGCUCCUCAUUACAAAGGUGAAGCGGUUCGGUGGCUCCUCUUCCUUCACCAGGAGGUCCCAGUGGACAGUGGAGCAGCUCAGACAGGUCAAUGGUAUCAAUCCAAACAAGGACUCCCCAGAGUUUGACCUAGUGUUUGACAACACUGUGGACCAGUGGGUGGCCAGCUCAUCAGCAGAGAAGUGUAUCUUUGUCCAGAUCCUGUAUCACGCCUGCCAGACCUACUGGGAGGGAAAAGCAGGGAGUCUGGGAAAGCCUGGGAAGCUGGACAAGGUGGGCCGCCAGGGGGGAGCAAUUCCUCACAAAGUUGGACCUGGCUCCAGUGACUCCCUGCCAGGAUCUGCAUCCAGAACCCUGCAGGCCCGGAGAAAGAGCUACGUUCCUCCAAAAAAGGCAGAGUUCAUCAACUGCCAGUCAAAACUCACAGGAGAUGCCUGCACAAUGAAUCUGAUCAUCUACCGCUGCAAAGCCUUCUUGAACCGUAUGAAGAAUAUGAUGGUCGCAAACAAAAGAUCAGCAGUUCGAGGUCAGUCUGGGCACCGUGUCACAGGGAGCCCUAUGGGUAAUGUAGUUCAGAGGGUGAAUGUAUCUCUAGGGGAGCGUGGAGACAGACUGACUCGUGCAGAGGACAAGACUGUGGAGCUGUUGCACAAAGCCCAGCAGUUUGCAGACACUGCUCACAAGCUGGCCCUGAAGUAUUCAAAGUAGAAUCUGUUGGAAGAUGAAUGGAUGAAUAGUGUAACCUGGACACUAAUCAAAGCUAACUCAUGAAAGCCUGUUUGUGGGAAGAAGACUAAAAAGGAGUGACUCUCAGGCAUUGCCGAGUGGCUUCUUUUAUAACUGAAAUGGCUAAAUAUUCCACUACUUGAUUUAGAUCUGUGCUUUUCUUGUCAAAAACACCUCUCUGUUAAGGUCUAAGGAUGAUCUGCACUGUGUUCAGUUUGACGGUUUUGCCUGUUGUCACAUAAAUCUCCUGUACUUUAUGAGAGAAAGAAAGCUGGGUUUGUAGAUUUAAAGGUGGUGUCAGUCACUCUGGAGAAAGAGAGUUGAUUGCUAAGUCUUAUUGCCAGGUGGUCAGAUACCACUGCACGACCUGGGAAUAACACUCAACAAUCAACUUUCUUUCUCCAAAAUGACUUGGAGAAAGACAUUUUUUUAAGCUGCAGGUGUUUAACACUAUAUUUUGUAUAAAUCGUUACAAUUAUUUUGAAGCCACUGACAACCUUCCUGUAACAGUCAAUGAAUUGUUUUUACCCAGCACUCAUUACAUUGUCGGAUGGUAUUUUUUUUUGGUUUGAAUUUAAUCACACUAAAUCUUUGAUCUGACAUUACUCUGCAGUUUGUUAACACUAUGUGUUGUCACCAUUAUGUGUUCCUGAUGUGUGUGUCAUGUCAUCAUAUCUGUGUUAUCUUGUAUCAGUGUGUCCUGGACCUUCAUCUAAAUGUCACUUUAUAUGUUGUGUUCUGUACCAUGUCUCCUGCUCUGUGUAUAUCAUUGUGGUUUUUAAGUCUGUGUUAGAGGUUUUGUCUUUAAGAGGUGAGUGAAGGUGGAUCAGGUGGACUGGGUAAGUUGGAGUAUUUUUUCUUUGAGGAGUUCCACAGUGAGCAACCCAAGUGAAGCUGGUCUGUGUAGAAAUGUCAGGACGGCUUCAGAAAGUGGAAAUGUUGACUUUAGUUGAAACCCUUCAUGUUUGCGUCAUCUUUCAGUAAUUUUAUGUAAACUUUUUUAUUGCUUUUGCGUACAGGAUAAUAUAUGUAACCCAAUUACUUGCUCCCAUCUCAUCAAGUCUUUGAACCAAUUAAAUAAGCCUGGACCUGAA